AUGACUAUUAAACCAACGAAAAGUUUCCAGAACUGUCUUGAAGCUGAAGUGCCAGGGUAUAACGAUUGUCCCACAGUUUUGUUCUCAAUCGACCCUAACAGCGGCCCCAGACCUAAAUCAAAACCAAGAACGAAAACAAAAAGAUGCGUGAGCGGAACACUUGCCACAGAAGUAUUCGAUCUUUAUGGGAACACUAAAACAGCUACAACGCCGCCGCCAGUGCUGAAAAAAUCACCUGUAUCUGCCAUUCAACAAGAAUCUACUUGUGAGGGCGAAUCUGUGGAAGGCCAUACUGAUAGACAAUACAACAUAAUAUCAUACAAUGAGGACGAAUUACUUACUAAGAUUAAUAACCUUUCUGAACCCGGCUCAAAGUUGUCAUCGAAAGAACUGGACUUUUACAAAAAAAAGUUGGAUUCAAAUAUUGCCAAGAUUUUACAAAGCGAUCACACUAAGAUAGUGCUCUCGCAGAUUUUCGAUGAAACAGACAAAAAAGCGGCUGUAAAAACCAUUAAACAUUGGAUGGUUACGGACACGACAAUUUCUAAUUGGUGUCCAGCUUUCUUGAAGCUUUUUGAAAACCAGUCCCAGAAAUAG